AUGUCGUUCAGCCUCGCGGAGCGCGCGCGGCUGGCGAAGAAGCGCGAUGACACCCCGGUCGGCGCCAUGGAGCGCAAGAUGCGUCUGCUCGCCGUGGACGAGAUCGGCGUCCAUCGCGUCUUGGAGGCGCCGUCGGCGCGGCAUCUCGAGGACCUCGCCGUCGUCUCGACGUGGGGCGAGUCGAAACGCGCGCGGCGGGUCGUGACGCUCACCGCCGGGGUCGACGCCACCGGCGGCGCCGCGGUAGACGCGAACGCCGCGGGGUGGUUCGCCAUGGGAAGAGCGGACGACACCGUGGACGUGUGCGACGGCGUCACCGGCGGCGUCCUCGGCGGCGGCUCGGUCGCCGUCGGCGCGCUCCCCGUCUGCGCCACGGUGUUCGGGCCGUCCAGCGCGAGCGCGAGCGCGCGGUUGAUCACGGUCACGGAGAACGGCGACGCGCGCGUGCACGCCGCGGCGUGCGACGUGCACGCGCCCGCGGACGCGCGCAUCGUGGGCGAGUGGGAGGAGGUGGUGUCGAAUUGGAAACCGUGCCAGUCCGCGAUUCGCGCGUGCGUCUCCGAGGACGGCGCGACGCUCGCGACGGGGGGCAAAGGCCAAGGAAACAACCUCAAGACGCACGACAUCGAGACGCAGAAGGUAUUGUUCAAAGCGAAAGCGCAGCCGCCGAACUGGCUCGGGUACGUCGCGCCGCCGUGGGUCUCCGCGGUGCGAUUCCUCCCCGGACGCGGCGGCGGCGACGGAGAAACUAUUCUCGUCGGCACGGGGGACCACGCGUUGCGCUUGUACGACCUGCGUCAAGACUCCAAGCGCGCGGUGAUGGACGUGCAGUGCGGCGAGCGCGAGAACGCGACGACGGUGAUGGCCGUGUGCGGGACGAGGGACGGGAACACCGCGUUCGCGGCGGACGCGCGCGGCGCCGUCGUCGCCAUGGAUUUGCGGACGCAGAGAAGCCGCGGGAAGCUCCGCGGAAACUCCGGGAGCGUCCGCGAGCUCGCGUUGCAUCCGACGCUGCCGCUCGUCGCGACCGCGUCGCUGGACCGCUGGAUCCGCGUGUACGACGUGGACACGUGUAAGUGCGUCGGCGCGGGGUACACGAAGCAGGCGCUGUGUUCGGUCGCGUGGGACGUUCGAGGGCCGGCGGUUGCGGCGGCGGCGGCGGCGGCGGCGGAGCGGAAAAAGGCGAAGAAAAAAGCGGCGAGGGAAGGGGACGACGCGGGGGCGGAAGUCGCGGCCGGGGACGGAGGAGGCUCGGACGUCGCGGUGAAGAAAAAGAAGAAGAAGAAGAAGAGGUUGUGUAGCGACGACGACGACGUCGGGGUGGUCAAGAAGAAGAAGAAGAAGAAGAGGGCGAAGGAGGCGACGGAGGACGACUAG